AUGUCUAGGCCGGAGGAGCUUGCGCCUCCUGAGAUUUUCUACGGCGACACCGAGGCGAGGAAGUACACUGGCAAGUGGGUAUCGAUUUGGUUUUUCUGCAUCAUGGCAUUUGAGGUGCAUGGUGGCCCUCAGUCCCAACAACUUUCUGCGCUCUCGUACCCAAGCUGUCUGCUGCCUGCGACCUCGCCUAUUUCCCAUCUCUCCCCAUCACGUGCGCCUGCUGACAUACGCAGCACCCGUGUCCAGAACAUUCAAGCCCAGAUGACCGACCGUGCAUUGGAGCUUUUGCAGCUGCCCCCAGGAGAGAGUGCCUUCCUCCUCGACAUUGGCUGUGGUUCGGGUCUCUCGGGCGAGAUUCUCGACGAGGACGGACACGUCUGGGUCGGUGUCGACAUUUCGCCAAGCAUGCUCGAGGUGGCGCUUGAGCGCGAGGUCGAGGGUGACCUGAUGCUGCACGACAUUGGCCAGGGCUUUGGCUUCCGUCCCGGUACCUUUGACGGCUGCAUCUCCAUCUCGGUGCUGCAGUGGCUCAUGAACGCCGACACUUCGACCAACAGCCCUCCCCAGCGCCUGACCAGGUUCUUCACCACUCUCCAUUCGGCGCUCAAGAACCCUUCGCGUGCCGUCUUCCAGUUCUACCCCAACUCGGACGACCAGGUGCAGCUCAUCACCCAGUGCGCGCAGCGUGCCGGUUUCGGCGGUGGUCUCGUUGUCGACUACCCCAACUCGCGCAAGGCGCGUAAGAUGUACCUCUGUCUCAUGGUUGGACAGCAGGAGGUUCCCAAGGGUCUCGACGGCGAGGAGAUGACCUCGUCCGACAAGGCCAAGAAGCGCGAGCAGAUCCAGAACGAGCGCCGCCGCCGUCGCGACUCGGGCCGCGACGGCAAGAAGGGCAAGAAGAAGUCUUCCAAGGACCUCACCGGCAAGGAGUGGGUCCUCAAGAAGAAGGACCUGUACCGCACACGUGGAAAGGAAGGGGUUCCCCUCGACUCCAAGUACACAGCGCGCAAACGUCGCGUCAAGUUCUAG